AUGGCCGACGAAGAAGUCAACCUCUACGACGAAGUCGAGAUCGAAGACUGUUUCUACGAUGAGACUCUGCAGAUCUACCACCACCCAUGUCCAUGUGGCGACCGCUUCGAGAUCUCCAUCUAUGACAUGCGCGACGGAGAAGACAUUGCGCGCUGCCCCAGCUGUAGUCUGAUGAUACGCAUCAUCUUCGACCCGGUAUGCUGUGCCCGUCCUCACAUGUCAGAAGCGAAGACUAAUACGCGACAGUCCGAUCUCCCGCCCGAGAACGACGAUGCGCCCAAGAGCGUUGCGAUUGCCGCCUAG